AGCUUCUGAGCGAUUGUCAGAAAAGGCUGAAGCUUUCCCCGCGGAGAGUCCCAGAUUCUCCCACCCCGCCAUGAACCUGUCUUUCUACACACACGGCGGUGAGCGAGCCAUUACCGCUGGCGAGCAUCGGCAUGGCUGAGGCACCGACCAAGUUCCCGGAGGUGCAGGGCGGCGGCAGUCUGAUCAUUGCCUGGCAGAUCAAGGGCAAGAAGGUGGUCGUGGUCGGCGGCGGCGAGGUCGCCGCUGGUCGCAUCCUGCACUGUCUCAACGCGGACGCGAACGUGACAGUCAUCUCCCCGCUUGCCCGCCUCAACCCAGAAGUCGCCUACCGCGUAGCGCAGGGCCAAGUACGGCACACGGACCGGAACUUCGAGCCGUCGGACUUGGACGGCGCCGACAUGGUGCUCGUGGCCGUCGACGACCCGGCCGCGUCGACCCAGAUCUGGCAGCUGUGCAAGGAGCGGCGCAUCCCGGCCAACAUCGCCGACGUCCCCCCCGAGUGCGACUUCUACUUCGGCAGCGUGCACCGCGACGGCCCCCUGCAGAUCAUGGUCAGCACCAACGGCAAGGGCCCGCGCCUGGCGAGCCUGAUCCGCAGGUUCAUCGCGCAGCGGCUGCCGUCCAACGCGGGGCGGGCGAUCGAGACGGUGGGCCAGCUGCGGGCGCGGCUGCGGCAGGUGGCGCCGCGGGCGGAGGACGGGCCCAGGCGGAUGGCGUGGAUGACCAAGGUCAGCGACGCGUAUGCGUUUGAUGAGAUGUGCAGCCUCUCGGACGAGGAUAUCGGCAACCUGCUGGGGUUCUACCCUUCCGGCAAGGUGCCGUCGCUGGAGGAGCUGAAAGCCAUGCGGGCGAGCCGCCCUGCGCAGUUCGACGGGUCCUUUGGCUUCAGCGUGGGUGCUUGAGGGUGUCGAACGGGCCUGAUAAUGUUCCUAUAUCCUCCCUUUUUAGGAUACCACGCAACAGAUUGUAAACGAGCUGCACGCACAUAUCACACAUAGAAUGUAUUACUGCACU